AAAGGAAUUUUUAAAUUUAUAGCUUUCUAAAUUGUGAUCUUUUUAAAAUAGCCUCAUUUUCCUUGAGCGGUGUAUUCCAGAACGUCUUUCGCAUUACGAUGCCGCGCCGCAACGGUCAUACUAAACAGAAAGAAAAACAACAUUACAGCGUAUCCUUAUCAAAUCGCGGUUUUGGCACUGUGUUGGCUCUCCUUGGGGAAUAAUUGCAACUGCUGGCAGGAUGCCCGACUCCCUGGAGGACACCUCCACCAUCUCGCUACGGAUCUGCCUGGAGGGACAUGCGAAUGCCUUGGCGCUGAACAAGGAUAACACACAGAUAGCGGUGGCCGGAAGGAGCUUACUCAAGGUCUAUUCCAUCAACAAUCAUGGCUUCACGGAAUCAUGCAAUAUGCGCGGCGGCAAGAACCAGAAUCUUAGCUACUCCUCCAACGACGUGGCCUGGUCCACUCUGGAUAGCAAUCUGCUGGCCACAGCGGCCACCAAUGGUGUGGUUUCCGUGUGGGAUCUGUCCAAGUUCGGCAGGCAGAAGCAGUUGCUCGUCUACAACGAACACGAACGCACCGCACACACCGUGACCUUCCACAGUAGCGAGCCCAACAUCUUAAUCUCUGGCUCCCAGGACGGCACCAUCAAGUGCUUCGACAUACGGUCGGACAAGUCUGUGAACACCUACUUCAGCAACUCGGAGUCGGUGCGUGAUGUCAAGUUCAGUCCGCACACGCAAAACAUAUUUUCCGCUGUCUCAGAGAACGGAACCGUCCAAUUGUGGGACAUGCGCAAGUGGGACAAGUGCAUGGUCCAGUUUACAGCGCACUACGGGCCCGUCUACACCUGCGACUGGCAUCCCACGCGCAACUGGCUGGCCACCGGCAGUCGGGACAAGCAAAUCAAGGUGUGGAAUAUGGACGGGCGGCCAGGACUGGAGCACACCAUCCACACAAUUGCAGUGGUCGGACGGGUGAAGUGGCGUCCAGAGAGAACCUAUCACAUUGCUAGCUGCGCCCUUGUGGUAGACUAUAGUGUCCAUGUGUGGGACAUCCGAAGACCCUACAUACCCUUUGCCUCCUUCAACGAGCACACCAACGUGACCACUGGCAUCGCGUGGCAGGGUAGCGACUCGCACUGCCUUCUCUCCACCAGCAAGGACUCCACCAUCUAUAAGCAUGCCUUCAAGGAUGCCACUAGGCCAGCCCUGAAGGCAAAUGCCCAGGGAGCCAGCCAGGGGCGAUUCGGAGACAUCUCCUUUGCCAACAAAAUCAAGGAGUACGCUCCCAAGGCCAGUGGGGCCUCCAACACCAAAACCACCAGCUUUAUAAGUCGCCGGAAAGCGAAUGUGGCUGGAAGUAUUCAGUUCCAUUUGGACCAUUCCAAGAUGUACAAAUUUAUGCUCAACGAUACGAUUUCUGGUUAUCCGCUGAGUGAGUCCGAAUCGAGACCCACGCAGGAACACGAAAGCUUUAUAGGUUGCGCCAGGGAACUGAUUAUCAGUGGCAGGAAGCUGUCUGAACUCUGUGAGCAUAAUGCAGAGGUUUCUAAGAAAUAUGGCAAGCAUAAUGCCACCACAUUGUGGAACUUUAUCAAGCUCUUCUAUGGUAGCAAUCACUUUGAGCCGCCCUUCGAACACCGCUCCUCCUUCUCGAAUCAAAAGAAUCCCAUGAACUCUCGGCGCGCCACUCAAGUGGCCAGCGAUAGGCCGCAGCAGCGCAGUGAUCUUGGCCAGGACCUCAAUGGGAACACUCAGGAGACGGCACAUGAGACCGCCGCGGCGAAUGUGGAUGAUGAUGCGCUGAGCGACAGCGGAGUAGAGCAUCCACCAACUAGUUCUGUGAUUCUCUCCGAGACACAAAUCAUCAGCGAGAUAACGUUCGACAACUUUGAGCUGCUGCGCAAUGGUUUUAUUUAUGUGGGACCCACGGAAUGUGCCAAAGCAUUGGCAUUUCCUGCCCUGCAUCACGAUGUCCAGGCAGCGCGGCCGCCGCUGGAUCUCAAGGCUUCCGAUCAUGAGAAGUCGCCUCCUCCCCAUAUUCCUACUGUGCUAAAGGUCAGCCAUGUGCCACCCAUUCCGAUGUGGGAACCGCACAAAUUUGUGACCGAUGCCUUAAUGCUAAUGAACGAUGUGGGCGAUGUGCAAACGGCUUUGACAGUGCUCAUUUCACUAGGAGAAGCUCGCAAAUUCCUGCUCAUUGAGGAUACAUUGGUGGAACACUGGUUCCACACAUACGUGGACCAACUGCAUCGGUAUGAAUUGUGGAACGAGGCCUGCGAGGUGAUCAACCGCUCCUGGCUGCGCUCUGUGCAGCAGCUCAAUCAGCACUCCACAGCGAUGCACACCAACUGCGGCGAAUGCGGACGCCCCAUGGGCGGCAAGGUAGGUUGGUACUGUGACAAGUGCAAGUCCAUGCAGUCGGCCAAGUGCUGUGUGUGCGGCCUGAUUGUCCGCGGGGUGUAUGCCUGGUGCCAGGGCUGCUCCCACGGCGGUCACAUCGAGCACCUGCAGAAGUACUUUGCCAAGCACUCCAAAUGCCCCAAGUGCGGACAUCUGUGUGCGUACUCAUGAGACGCGGAGGAGGCUGAGUUCUCUCAGCUCCUUCAUGCCAAUUAAGUUCUAUGUAUAUAGCUCUAUAAGUACCCAAAGAGAAAUCCUUUAGAACUAUAUAUAUUCUCGAUGCAAUUAUUGAACUCUGGUAUAUAAACCGGAAUUGCAACGUCUGUUCGAGUUCUACACUACGUUUAUACGCUUACUAUUUUUGAAAUAAAGUAAUUUACAGAUAUUUCGAUUUAUAAAAAUUAAAGUUUUUC